AAAGCCCCCUCCGCAUUCACCCUCCCAUCGCCCACUCUUCUCCUGUAAUGGCUGGCGGCGUCCCGCACUUCGAUCCGCCCAUGCUCCGCGCCGGCUCUUAUCUCGGAGAGAUCUCAGCACUGUCCUUCCUCCCUCUCCCUUCUCAUCUCUCUUCCCACCCUCUUCUUAUCGCCGGAACCGGAUCUGAGCUCCUUCUUUACAACCUCGAGACUGGGACUCUCCUACGCUCCUUCCACGUCUUCGACGGGGUUCGCGUCCACGGUGUAUCUGUUCGAUUUUCCCCCGAUCCUUUAAUAGCGGUCUUUGGGGAAAAGAAAGUCAAGCUUUUUAUCCUUCGUGUGGAAGCUAAUCCGUUGCAGGUGAACAUUGAGUUUGUGAGCCAGUUGCCUCGCUUUGAACAUUGGGUUCUGGACGUCAAGUUCUUGAACGAUGACGGUUAUCUUGCCCUGGGUUUUAGUGACAACUCAUUGGCUUUCUGGGAUGUUGAUAAUUCGACUUUGGUCGGGUGUUUAAAAUCUGCAGAGAGGUGCCUCUUGUACUCUAUGCGAAUAUGGGGUGAGGGCUUGGAAACGUUACGAUUGGCCUCUGGGACUAUCUACAAUGAGGUUAUUGUUUGGAGGCCUAGUUGUCAUGACCUGCAUGCAUCCGUAGAGUCUUUGGAGCCCAUCACUGAAUGCACAAUUCAUGAUAAGGCUACUCAAAAUGGAUAUCAACAAUUUUUGCCUAUCUAUUUGAGCAGACUCACUGGCCAUGAGGGUUCAAUAUCUCGUAUUUCAUGGUCUAUUGAUGGAUCCAAAUUGGUGUCUGUUUCUGACGAUCGAAGUGCUCGCAUCUGGAUGCCCAACAACAAUGGUCUAAACUAUCAUGGUUUUGAGGACAAUCUCAGGAGUAAUGCCUCAAAUAAUAUUGCGCUUUUUGGACACACUGCUAGAAUUUGGGACUGCCAUAUAUCCGAUUUUUUAAUUAUCACAGUUGGUGAGGACUGUACCUGUCGGGUGUGGGAUUUGGAUGGUAACCUGCUUUUGAUGUUCAAAGAACACAUUGGAAGAGGCAUAUGGCGAUGUUUAUAUGAUCAAAGCUCAUCCCUUCUUGUCACGGCUGGAUUUGAUUCGGCCAUUAAAGUGCGUCGGGUGUGCUCUCCUGUAAGUAGAGAACCAACGAAAGAAGAUAAAUUGCUGAAUGAUGUGAAGAAUGCAAGAGAGAUAUUUACCAUUGCUGCUCCUCAAGUAACAAGACAGCAAGGUCUGAUCGACAGCAAAAGUGAAUAUGUACGUUGCUUGUGUUUUGCUCAAGAAAAUGUCCUCUAUGUUGCCACUAAUAAUGGUAUUUUAUAUCAUGUUGAGAUUUGUAAUCCCGGUGCUGUAAGAUGGAUUCAACUUGCACAAGUCAGUAAAGAAUCACCAGUUAUUUGCAUGGAUUUAAUAUCUAUCAGAUCAUAUAAAACUUCGUUUAUGGAGUAUGCCAUUGCUAUUGGUGAUGGCAUGGGAAAAGCUACUGUCAUGAAGCUGAUUGGUGGGAAAUCAACUUCUAUGGUGGUUUUCUCUCUUACUUGGACUGCUGAAAAGAAAAGGCAACUGUUAGGAAUCUAUUGGUGCAAAUCUCUAGGUUGUAGACACCUUUUUACAGUUGACCCUAGAGGAGUGUUAAAACUUUGGAAAAUAAACAUUCCUUUAGACUCUGACACUGAUGAAAACAAUUUGAAACCCAAGGUCUCUUUUGUUGCGGAGUUCACAUCACAUUUUGGGGCGCGUAUCAUGUGUAUGGAUGCAUCAACUAGAGAGCAGGUUUUAGUAUGUGGUGAUCAACGUGGAAAUCUUACUUUAUAUCCCUUGUCAGAAGACAUAAUGAACGCUGAUUCUAUUGAAAUUGUGGAAAAGGUUUCCAUAAUAAAUCAGUUUAAAGGAGCACAUGGAAUUUCUACUGUAACCAGCAUCAUGAUUACUAUGUUGGGUUUUAAUCAAUUGGAAAUACGCACAACAGGAGGUGAUGGUUGCAUUUGCUAUUUCAAAUAUGAUAAGAACUGCCAAAUACUGGAAUUUGUUGGAAUGAAGCAGGUGAAAGAGUUAAGUACAAUUCAAUCUGUCCACACAAGUUCCAUCUCUGUUAUAGAGUCUCAAAUGGGUAAAUAUGCAAUAGGCUUUACAUCUGCGGACUUCAUCAUGUGGAACCUAGCAAAUGAAACAAAGAUGUUAGAAAUUCCUUGUGGUGGAUGGCGGCGCCCAUAUUCUUAUCAUCUGGGAGCUGUUCCUGAGUAUCAGUUCUGCUUUGCAUUUGUUAAGGAUCAUAACAUCCAUAUACAUAGGCAGUGGGUGCCCGUCUAUGAAAGACAGCAACACACACAAGUUUUGCACCUGCAAUACCAUGGAAGAGAGAUUCAUGCUGUGUGUUUCAUAUCAUUUAUGUUGCAAUCAAAUCCAGAAAAACAUUUUGAUUCGUUGAUUGCAACAGGUUGUGAAGAUGGAACAGUGAGAAUAACAAGGUGCACACCUUUGAGCUUAGAAAGUUGGCGUGAGUCAAAGCUACUUGGCGAGCAUAUUGGUGGAUCAGCAGUGAGAUCUAUAUGCUUCACAUCAAAGAUAUAUUCAAUUGGGGCUGGUCAAACAUUCUGUUCUUUGAAUGAUGUUUUAGAUUGCAGCAAAAUUGAGCCUCUCCUACUUAUUUCAGUCGGUGCCAAACAAGUUUUAACCUCAUGGAUUUUGCGUUAUCAGACAGCAGAUCUUACUGAGGAGCAUCUUGAUACGAGAGUAUCAGAAACUGCUUACUGUUCUUCCAAUGGUAAACAUUCUCCUAUUUCUUUUCAGUGGCUUGCCACUCAUACCCCAUCUAACAAUGCCUGCGCACGGAGAAGAUUGAAAAAAUUGCCAGAAACCACUGAACAUAGAAAUGCCUCUCCAAUUGUCUCUGAUGCGAAACCAGAAGCAUCUAUAGUUGAAAACAUAGAACAAAAUUCCAUUUCUGCAUCUUUAGAUAUAAACGAAAAUGAUUGGAGAUACCUUGCAGUCACUGCAUUUUUGGUGAAACAUGUUGAUAGCAGGUUUACAACUUGUUUCAUUGUUGUUGCUUGUUCGGAUGCAACAUUAUCACUGAGGGCUCUUCUUUUGCCUUACCGCCUUUGGUUUGAUGUUGCUUUAUUGAUGCCACAACCAUCUCCCGUUCUUGCGCUGAAACAUGUUGCUGUUCCUCUUUGUAUCAGUGCUUAUGGUAUUAUUUCAACUCGUGUAAUGCAUAUUAUUAUUAGUGGAUCUACAGAUGGUAGCAUCUCUUUCUGGGAUCUUACUGAAGUAGUGGAGAAUUUUAUGCAGCUUGUUUUAGAUUAUCAGCCUCAAUUGCUUAUUGAUUGCCAAAGAAGGCCUAGAACAGGGAGAGGAAGUCAAGGUGGACGAUUUUGGAGAUACUUGAUUAAUCAACCUAGUGAGAAGAAAAUGAGAGAUUCUAUGAGCGAAAAUGAACUUAGAAAUGGCUCAUAUUCCAUAAGUUCUGAACCUAUUGCUCCUGAAUCCUCAUGUGGGCAAGAAAGCUACCUUGUGAGUGAUCAAAUAGGUGGUCACCAUACCAGAAGUUCCGAUUCCUCCUUUUCCCCUGUUUCUCAUUCCAUGACCUCUUUCACAAGACGAGAACUUCUGCCUUUACUUGUUCUCAGUUCUGUUCACCAGUCGGGUGUCAAUUGCCUUCAUGUGUCAGAAGUGAAGGAUUCUAAUGACAAAUUAGGACGAGUUUAUUGUGUUGUAAGUGGUGGGGAUGACCAAGCAGUGCACUACCUUUCCUUUAAGGUUGAUGGGCCAAUGGCAAACUCAGCUUCAAGCUGUGGUAAAACUAGUGAUGCAAAACAUAUGCAGAAUAUUAAUCUUUCUCAACCAUCAGGAUCAAGCUUCGUAGAAAGGUGUUCUUAUAGCCUUAUGAAGAAUGAUCAUCACAUUAGAAUACUUCAAAGGCAAAGUGUCAACUCGGCUCACAGCUCAUCAGUGAAAGGUAUUUGGACAAAUGGCAUUUGGGUUAUUUCUACGGGUCUGGAUCAAAGGAUUCGAUGCUGGCAGAUUGGACUCUGCGGAAAGCUCAUUGAACGUGCUCAUUUAAUCAUCAGUGUACCUGAGCCAGAAUCUCUUGAUGUAAUUACCUCUGACAGAAAAAGGUACCAAAUUGCUGUAGCUGGAAGGGGCAUUCAGAUUAUUGAUUUCUUCCCACCAUGUGAUGAAGACUGAAAUCCUUGUUCUGCAUUCUGCAGUGCAUAAAUGAGUUUCUGUUUGAGUAGGAAAUCCGCCAUGUAGUUUUUGGUUUGGUUCCUACUCCCCACUUUCAAUUAUUUGAGAAAUAUAUGUAAUUUAAAACUAUCUGAUAGGUGCCUUGGUAGUAUCAAUUGAGCAAAAUAAUGGCUAUGCAUAGUUUGGAAUCAUAAUCCAAUUGAAACGAAUUGGAUCUCUGAUUUUUUUUUUCAAUCCUGUUCUAGGAGAGGGCUGUAAUGGUAAGAAACUAUAACAGUAUAAGAUCUAAUGUUUUAUUAGAUAGUUAAAAAUAUGUUAAUGUGCAAA